AUGCGAUUGAUCUGCGCGUUGCCUGGGCUCACGACGAGCCUCUUCACCGCUGAGACCGACUUGAACGACAUGGUGUGCGACUUGAAACUCUAUAUCAAGGCCCAGAAUUCAGCCAAAAUCAAGUGCGACGCCGGCGAUCUCAAGAUCUUUUCCGCUUCUACGAGGAACUCGUGGCUGUCGGACGAUGCCAUGUUAGCGCUGGAGGAAGGGUAG